GCUCAUGCUGUGACGCAGCCACUGACGCUAGCCAAAUGCACCUCUUAGUCCACCAACUCACUGGGGUUAGGCCUGAAGCUCAUUUUCAUGGUUCUGUACCUACGGGCGAUCCUAAACUGGCUAGGCUUCCUAUUCAACACAGCUGCACCACACAUCCGGUCCAUCAUACGCCAAUGUAUAUUCCGCAUUCGCAAGUUAGGUAUCCGAGCUGUGCAGUCUGGUUUACGAACGUUUUUGAGCCGUCUCCUUGCGUACUAUCAUCAGAGAGCUUCGCUAAAGAAUAGCGAUGCAGAACCAGAGACAGCAGUUUUUACAGCUGCGAGCACCAUGCAUCCAGUCCUUACGCCAGUAAACGGUCUAAGUCAGACCUCAUCUCUCCAAGCAAACCAGCUUCAAGUUCAGGUCAAUCAACAUCCUGCUCAAGGUUCCUGCAGUUCCAUCAAUUCCUGGUCACCAUCGCCAAUGGAAUGGGAUCCUAGCAAGUUCAAACCGUUGGCUCCACAGCUUUGUCAGAGAUACAAGGGAAGGGUACUCGUGAGUGAUAGCAAGACCACGUCUAUCCCAGCCAAAAAGAAGGAUUUUUCAGAAAAGCCUGUUGACGGUUGGGAAACUGUCGUACAUCCGGAGGGAGCAUUGUACUUCUAUGAUGCCACCCGGCACGUUUUUACCGACGCAAAUCUGAGAAGCAAAAAGAACAAGCUUCUCAAGGUCAUCAACCACCUAGCCCACCAGUUACUCUUGAAAGCCAAUGAUCUCAUCGAUGACUCUACAUAUCUUGUUCUAGAGUUGCGAGAAGACGCAUGUUAUUAUUACUUCGUGCAACACGACAAACGGCUCUUGUUCUGGCUGCAGGAUUUUGAGGAUCCUAUACGUAUCUACGAACAUGUCAAGGGCGUCAAAUCAGAUACUCACAUCAAGAUCGCACUCGAGGCACAGUAUUGGGCGCACUGCGAACUAUACCCGAACAAUGCUCCCAUCCAACCUCAGAUUGCCACGGAACUGAAGCAUGUUCUUCUUCAUGCACACUCAGGUUGGCUAUUCCCAGUUAGUUUUCGCGUAAUAAUGAAUUGGGACGUCUUUGUAGACUUUCUGACAUCCGAUACCUCUGUUGUUCCCUAUGAUCUCUCCACGCUACAAAGCAUGCUGGAUCUUUCAAACCAUCUAGUGGAAUAUGUAAAGCCUCUAACACAAUCUGGUGAUGAGCGUGUGGAAUUGCCUGCUCAUCUCAUGUGCGUACUAGCUCGCCUCAUGCGGUUGUUCGCUCGUUCAAAAUUCUUGAACUUCUAUGGGCAAGUCGGCGCGCGUCUCAACGCCAAUCAGUCAGUCUACGAAGUUGAACAAAGUAGACAAAAAGGUACACUCCGACUAAGGCUUGCGAACGCCUUCCUUUGGGGCGCACCAGCUGCACAGUACAAAUUCCUGCAAAACACAUGGAUAGACAAUAUUUUGAACUAUCCUAAAUGGUCCAAGCUCAUUAGCAGACUCAAUAGCGACUGGAGCAACGUUACCAUCUUUUCCACCGUGAUGUUGGCUGUUAACGUUGGUUUUCUGGCUGUUCCUGGGGUCAUCAGCGCAGCAGCCGUGGUCAUUUAUCUGUCGGCGAUGUGCUCCGUCAGUUCCUUGGUAGCAUCCAUGCUUCUCGCUGUCGAGUGCCGUGGAUGGGGCACAGACUCAGCUAAAGGCGCCGCAUCGUUCAUGGCCCGUAUGAUUCACACACAAGCAGACGUCGAAGCGCUAGCGAUCAUGUACAGCCUUCCAUAUGCAUACUUGAUCUGGGCAAUGUUCUGCUUUGUUACCGCUCUGGGCAUCUCUGUUUUCCACUCAACAAAUCCGGCAACACUGGUGGUUGUAGGCCUUUGCUGGAUUGCUGUUACUACCUUGACACUAUGGCCCGCGUGGUGGGGUAAAUUCAGUAUAACGCCAUGGUCUAGGAGGGGAGGACAGGUGAAGGAGAUUGUUUGAGCUUUUCGAUACCACACCAUCUACAUGUAUUAAGCACGAGAUACCGCCAGCAUCGGGUGCUACUGCGUCCACCACGUCGUGCUGUGUUGUCGUGCGCUCAUGAUUCUGUCUCCUUUUUACCGCUGCUCAUUACUAUCAUGGCGACAUCUGCUUCGUUUCAUGGUGUUGUCGGACUUCAGAAUGGAGGCAGGUAUCAGAUCGACAAAAAUAAUUAUUGGCAAUACGACGGCUUUAUCGUGACUGCAGAAAUGCGAGAUAUUCGUGUCAAUGUGACUGCUACUGUAAACACAGUACAUUGUCGUAGAGCCGACCGAAGGGGAGUCCUUGUAUCAUAUAUCUAGCACUUCGAAGUUCGAACGUUUGUCAUGUAGUGACUGUCGAAACG